AAAAUGUAAUAGGUGCCAUCAUAGAGUCUGUACAAGUGCUAUGGUUUGACAACCAUAUUUUCAGAAUAAAAAAUGGGAAGAGAAGUUGACACAGAGUCUUGACAAUACCACAGACUAUUUAAGAUUGGAACUCUUCUAGGGAAUCUAGGAGGCAUGAUCUCCAUGGUUACGGAAACUGUGCCUGGGAAGAGAGGAAUGGAUGUGCGAGAAGACUUCACUAUCCUAUAGAAUCAGAAUUUUUCCAGGUAGACAAGAAAGGAAAGGGAUUCUCAGGGGAAGGAAAAGCACAGAGACAUGACAGAGAAUUGGGUGUUAGGGAAGUGAUGCUAAUAGGAUGUGUAGCAGGAGGUGAGGCUAGAAAGGCAGGGAGAGGCUAAAUUAUGAAGGAUCUUGAACGCCAUGUUAAUAGCAAUCACCUAGUAAACAUCUAUGUGCUUACUAAAUACUGUGCUAAGCAGUUUACCAGAAUUAUAUCUCUUAAUCUUCUCAACAGCCUUAAAAGGUAGGUAUUAUUAUUAGUCCCACUUUACAGAUAAGAAAACAGAUUCAGCGAGGUAAAGCAACUUGUCCAAAGUCACACAGUUAGAAGACUUUAAGCUCAACUCAAACUCAAGUCUGGCUGGCUCUAAAGUUGUGCUCUUAACCACACUACUAUUCUGCCUCAAGGAUUUUGGAUGUUAUCCUGUAGAUGACAGCGAGCCAUUCAAAUUUUGAGCAGGAGAGUGACAAAGUCUGGGUUCUUAGAAAGGUUCCUACUAGCAGCAGAGUUGAAAACGGACUGGAGCAGAAGGAGACUGACCUCUCCUAAAUGAAAAUUUGUUGACUCCCAAAUUCUGGAUUUAGGGUAGUGGGGCUCCUGGUGUCACAGGUCUGCGCCACCUAGCCCUGGGUGCUUGCAGGUGGUCUCUGUGCAGGAGUGGGUGGCGCUGAAGAGCUAAGGCUUAGGGAGCGGAACUUGGAGCCUCUCGACGUUCUGCUAUUUCUGCCUGCAGACGCCCAGCUUCCGCCGCCGCCGGCCACCCGCAGGUGGCGGAGUCGAGCGCCGAGCGCCGAGAACCGCGCUGGGUGAGGGGCCGCUGGAGGCAGCUCAGUCUCGUUAGGAGAUAUGAGUUUGGCUGGGGGCCGGGCCCCCCGGAAGACCGCGGGGAACCGGCUUUCUGGGCUCCUGGAGGCAGAGGAGGAAGAUGAGUUCUACCAGACGACUUAUGGGGGUUUCACAGAGGAAUCAGGAGAUGAUGAGUAUCAAGGGGACCAGUCAGACACAGAGGAUGAGGUGGACUCUGACUUUGACAUCGAUGAAGGAGAUGAACCAUCCAGUGAUGGAGAAGCAGAAGAGCCAAGAAGGAAGCGCCGAGUAGUCACCAAAGCCUAUAAGGAGCCUCUCAAGAGCUUAAGGCCUCGAAAGGUCAGCACCCCAGCUGGUAGCUCUCAGAAGGCCAGAGAAGAGAAGGCACUGCUACCACUAGAACUACAAGAUGAUGGCUCUGACAGUCGGAAGUCCAUGCGUCAGUCUACAGCUGAGCAUACAAGACAAACAUUCCUUCGGGUACAGGAGAGGCAGGGCCAGUCACGGCGGCGAAAGGGCCCCCACUGUGAGCGACCACUGACCCAGGAGGAGCUGCUCAGGGAGGCCAAGAUCACAGAGGAGCUCAACUUACGUUCACUGGAGACAUAUGAGCGGCUGGAGGCUGACAAAAAGAAGCAGGUUCACAAGAAGCGGAAGUGCCCUGGGCCCAUAAUCACAUAUCAUUCAGUGACAGUGCCGCUUGUUGGGGAGCCAGGCCCUAAAGAAGAGAAUGUCGAUGUAGAAGGGCUUGAUCCUGCUCCCACGGCUUCUGCAUUGACUCCCCGUGCUGGGACUGGACCCAUCAUCCCUCCUGCUCGCUGCUCACGUACCUUCAUCACUUUUAGUGAUGAUGCGACAUUUGAAGAAUGGUUUCCCCAGGGGCGGCCCCCAAAGGUCCCUGUUAGAGAGGUCUGCCCGGUGACCCAUCGGCCAGCCCUAUACCGGGAUCCUGUUACAGACAUACCCUACGCCACUGCUCGAGCCUUCAAGAUCAUCCGUGAGGCCUACAAGAAGUACAUCACUGCCCAUGGACUGCCUCCCACUGCCUCAGCCCUGGGCCCUGGCCCGCCACCUCCUGAGCCUCUCCCCGGCUCUGGGCCCCGAGCCUUGCGUCAGAAAAUUGUCAUCAAAUGAAGAGAUGUCUAGUCCUUAGAAACCUCUUUCCUGCCCUGACUUGGGGCUCUUAAUGUUCCCCCUCCUCUCCCUGCUUCUCCCUUUAUCAUCUGAUCUUUGCCCAGCCCUGUUCCAUAUUUUUUUCCCCCAUCUUUUACCCUAGUUCCUACUGGUUUUAUGUUUUUUAAUCCAAUAAAAUAAAAAGAUCCCUUUUGUCUGAUAUCUAACCUA